CAUACGUUUCACACACGCGCGCACACAAUUACAAAGGGUAGCAUACGUUGCGUACACAGAUUGAAAGCGCGAGCAAGGAAGAGGAAGUUAACCCAAAAAAAAGCAAGGGGGAGGAAGGGAUGGGGCUGUUGUCGAACAAGAUCAAGAGGGAAGAAUUGAACCCCGGGGAUCACAUAUAUUCAUGGAGGAACGCCUACAUCUACGCGCAUCACGGAAUAUAUGUUGGUGAGGAUAGGAUAAUACACUUCACCCGAAAAGCAGGCCAGGAGGUUGGUACAGGUACCGUCUUGGACCACAUCAUCUUCAGCUCCUCCCCCUCUCCUUUAGAUACUCCUUGCCCAAGAUGUGGUGAUCAGUCAGUUUUUGAUGGGGUCAUUUCUUCCUGCAUCGACUGCUUUCUCUCUGGUGGUGAUCUGUACCUUUUCCAAUAUGCUGUCUCACCAGCUUUCUUUCUUGCCAAAGCUCGAGGAGGGACUUGCACGCUUGCUACUUCUGAUUCUCCAUCUGAUGUCGUUCACCGUGCUUCUUACCUCCUCCAUAAUGGCUUUGGCGUCUACCAUAUUUUCAAGAACAACUGUGAGGAUUUUGCAAUCUAUUGUAAAACAGGUUUGCUAGUGAUUACCAAUAUCAGUGUGGGACGGAGUGGGCAGGCAGCAUCAUUCCUUGCUGCUGCCACUACAGUCAUGGCUUCACCGCUUCGGUUCAUGACCACCAGUUUUAUGGGAUUGACAGCCGUAGGUUGUGGUUUGUAUUGCAUUAGCAGGUUUGUUUCUGAUAUUGGAAUACGGCGGGAUGUAGUAAAACUACCAGUGGAAAGGCUUGUGGAUCGGCCUGGAUUCGUUGAGUCAGAUGCUGCAACAGAGGUAACAGGAGAAGAGUAGUAGCUAUUGUACCCAGUUUGUGCAUGCGGUAUGCCUUUCUGAAUGUGGCCUGGGUUUUGUUCUUUUAGACUUUAGAAGUGAAGUGUAUUUGGUGGCAGAAAUGGCUACCCUCUCUUCCUCCACCCCCACACUCCUGUUCCCCCAGUUUUUUUUGUUUUCAACGUGACCCUUUAUUUAAUUUGUGUGUGGACUCUAGUAGUUUGUGUAAAAAUUAUAUCUGCUCCCAUACCCGAAAAAAAAAAAAAAAGUAUAUCAGCUCCUGUUUUCUUUA